UACAUAUAGAAUGCUUAAGACACAGUGAUAUGUAUAUAUUUCAAGACUGGAAUACUAACAACAAUCAGUAUUUCUGGCCUAAUGUGGUCUGUCAAAAACUGUUUUAUAAAGAACAAUCCAUCGUACAACUUUUCAAGGACGCUGAUUUAAAUGUGGAAUUAGAUAAUAAAAAUUGUUCUGUCGGAUAUACCGGACCGGCAUAUAAGUUCCAUUGUGAUAGAGCAGUGAACAGUACUUGCAACAGUGUCGUAAUUUGUAACGACAAUGGCUGUACCUGUACAUCUAGGUAUAAAAGGGCUGAAACAUAUCUUGUGAUAAUAAUCUUUAUGGUCAUGCCUGUAAAAAUAGGUGUGGCUCGUGUUCCCAAGGCAAACAAUGUGAUCCAAUAUUCGGAGUAUGCCAUAACGGAUGCGGAAAUGCGGAAAACUAUAUUUACGCAUCACCUUUAUGUCAAAUAG